AUGAGAAACGAGCCAGUUCCCGCUCGCAAAGGGAAUGUGUUAUGUGCAGGCACGCCGUGCUCCUGCGCUGGCUGUGACAGAGCCCGGCGGGGUGCGAAGGCGCCCGAGCUCCCCAAGAGAAGGGAGUGGCCCGGUGGUCCCCGGGCUCCGCGCCGAGCUGCUCACCUGCAAGAACAGACCAUGCCCAGGCCCUGCCGAGGCUCCCGCGGCAGCACGCUAGAUCCCAAGGAGGAAUGCUUUACAGAGAAAUCAGUGCUUGCCCAGCCAACAUUUGUUUUUGAGAAGAAGGAUCGUUCUUUGAAGCGGCCUGCAGAAGACCCAGUUUGCAAAGCUGAAAAUGAUUUCAUUAGUUGUUCCAGAAAACGUGCAAGAUCAUCAUCUUUGACUUUCCAGAAGUCUGACUCUCAGUCUAACACUGAUACAGCUCUCACACAGCAAAGAGGGAGAUCAUCUUCAUUUAACAUCCUUCCUACUUUCCCUCCCUCCCAGGCAGUAAAGAAGAAUAACAUAUUCAUGACCUCAGCUCUUCUUCAAAGAAAUCCUGACAUCAUCAAAAGUCCAAGAGAAGGAUCCUUGUCACCAAGUCAAUUGUGGAAUGUCAUUAGACCUGCCACUUUACAGCCCCCACAAGCCCUGACCUGUCCUGAAAUUCCUGUAGUAUCUCUAAUGACUAAGAAAGAAGCAUGUGUUCAGCUAUCUGAAGACAGCUCUUAUUUAUCCACUGAGAAUUCAGUAAAUUCCAAAACAGCAAUGGGGUCAUCUAUUACCAUGAGUCUUUCCAGCUCUCAAAAAACACAAAGUCAGUUGCUUAAAGAAAGAAGUGUACAAAACAGCAGCAAUUCAGAUUUUGUGUUUGGGGAAAACAUGGUUGAAAGAGUUUUGGUUGGAUCUGCACAUGCUGGCAGACUUUUUAUCAAGAGUCCUGAGAAGCAUCCCAAGCUGUGCAAUGAAGCUGAUUUACACAAAGGAGAAAUAACGUCCAUGUCCACAGGAUCUUCUCAUGUCAGGCCGCAAACAAAAAAACCUUUGUUGAAGAAUGCAACACUAAUUGAAUCAGCAGCUGCUUGUGUUUCCAAGCCAGUGGAGAAAAUCCUGUUAGAUAAAGUUGAAGUUAUAACUGGAGAAGAAGCAGAACAAAAUGUAUUGCAGAUUAACUGCAAGCUUUUUGUAUUUAAUAAGCUUUCUUUAAGCUGGACUGAAAGAGGCAGAGGAUCCCUGAGGCUUAAUGACACUUCUAGCAAUAAGCAUGGAAUGUUACAGUCAAGGCUAAUUAUGCGAAAUCAAGGUAGCUUGAGACUGAUUCUCAACACCCAGCUGUGGGAACAAAUGGUUAUAAAAAGAGCAAACAGAAAGAGCCUGUGCUUCACUGCCACAGAUCAAGAGGACCAUUCUGUUAAAGUAUUUCUAACUCAGGCAAGCUCAAAAGACACUGAACACCUUUAUGCAGCAAUACAUCAUCGCCUUGUGGCCUUGCGAAGCUUUGCUGAGCAAAAGCCAGAUGCUCAUCAGGGAGACACAGAGUCAGAAACAGCUUUUCAGCCAUUAAACUGUGAUAGUGAUGAUGAAGAUGAUGAAGAACUAAGUCAAGUGAGCAGCACUGGAUCUGGUAAGUGUCCUCUCUGUAAUUUUAUCUUAGAAGCUAUUAGAAUGAAUUCAAAGAUUCUGGAAUCUAGGACUGGGUAAGUCCCAAGAAGUCUCUCCAAACCCAGCCAUAGGCCUUACAAGAAAAAUCACAGCAUGCAAAGACAUAAGAAUGUAUCCCAAAUGGAUCCACAAAGAAUUGCAUGGGUUUUCAAGACUGCUGGUAUUGAGAGCCCAUAGUCUCCAAACACCAGCAGUGUGCUGGUCCGAGAGAAAGACAGUAUCCUAAUAUAGAAAUGCAA